CACACACUCACAUAUAUAUACAUAGAGAGAGAGAGAGAGAGAGAGAGAGAGAGAGAGAGAGAGAGAGAGAGAGAGAGAGAGAGAGACACUUGGUUAAACUUAGCAUCCUCCAUAUCAACCAGCAUAACUGCCAUGUUCCCAUUUCUCAUUCACCCCAUUCUUCUCUUCUUCCUCAUCCUGCCACCACCAACUCCGGCCCGGCCGCCACCAACGCCCGGCCCAAGCCCCGUAACUGUGCUAACCGUAAGAAAUCACAACCACACGUGGAAUGAAUUCGAUAAAUUUCACGAUUCCCGGAGAGGCAGCCACGUCAGCAGCAUCGCGGAUCUCAAGAAGUACUUCCAUCGGUUCGGGUACCUCCCCACGAGAUAUCCGAAUUUCACCGAUGCAUUUGACACCCAAUUCAAACGAGCCAUUACCCAAUACCAGGCCCAACGAGGCGUACCUGUAUCGGGUAACCUCGACACUAUUACACUCUCUCAUAUCACGGCACCUAGGUGCGGUGUCAGUGACACUGACACGUCGCCGUUUAUGCGACACUACGCGUACUUCACCGGCCGGCCGAGAUGGACGAGGAAUAUCCCGAUGAAUCUCACGUACGCAUUCUCGCCCCAGUAUUCCAUCACCGUGUUGAACUCUUCCGCAAUCAAAACCGCUUUCGAACGCGCCUUUUCCCGUUGGUCGUCGGUUAUUCCGGUGAAUUUCACCUUAACCGACGACUACGUGUUCGCCGACAUAAAGAUCGGGUUCUACAGCGGGGACCACGGCGACGGAGAGCCGUUCGACGGGGUCCUAGGAGUACUAGCCCACUCGUUCUCGCCAGAGAUCGGGCGGCUCCACCUCGACGCGGCCGAGACGUGGGCGGUGGAUUUCGAGUCGGAGAAAUCCAAGGUGGCGGUGGAUCUGGAGUCGGUGGCGCUGCAUGAGAUCGGGCACGUGAUGGGUCUGAAGCACACUUCGGUCAGGGAAGCGGUCAUGUACCCGAGCUUGAAACCUAGAGAGAGGAAGCUGGAUUUGAAGGUGGAUGAUAUAAAGGGAAUACAAGAUUUGUAUGGAUCCAACCCUAAUUUCAAGCUUGGCUCUUCGAAUAUGGAGUCUUAUAUUUCUUCAAAUCAAGCUGUGGUUUUGAGAUUUGGAUUACCAAUGUGGAUCAAAUUGGUAGUAAUAGUUUUGGUAUGGUUUUCAUGCAUGUAGUUCUGCAUGGCCAGUUAUUUGGGGUGUCACUUGUUCCUUAUGCCUUAACAAGAAUAUUAUCAUUUCUUAUUCUUUCUUGCCAAAUAUACUUCAAAUUUUAUU